CGUCCAUUGACGCCACGAUCCGUUGGAAGCACCAGCAGACAUGGAGUUGAGACUUCCAUCUUGUCUAUGGUUAACGCUCCUCACCAUAGCAUCUUUAGCAAAGGGAGAGGAUGUGCUGGUGACUGUCAAGCAAGGAGUGCUAAGGGGGACCACAGCCACGAGCGUGUACAACGUGUCUUACACGUCCUUUGUGGGCAUCCCGUAUGCUACGCCGCCAUUAGGGAAACUCCGGUUCCAGGCUCCGCAACCGGCAGCAAACUGGGAAGGAAUACUCAACGCCACCGAGUACGGCAGUGACUGUGUCCAGGAAAGCGGCAGCGGCUCCGAGGACUGCCUCUACCUGAACGUGUACGUGCCGGGUGUGCCGGAGGAGGGCGCCCAACUGCCCGUCAUGUUCUGGAUUUACGGCGGAGGGUACAGAGUCGGCAGUGGUUCUGGAAAAAUGUCCAGCCCAGAAUUUCUCGUCUCCUACGGCGUUAUAUUCGUCGCUUUUAACUACCGCCUGGGACCGCUUGGUUUUCUGGGAACGGGAGACGCCGUCGCACCUGGCAACGCGGGACUCAAGGACCAGCAGCUGGCGAUGACCUGGGUGCAGAACAACAUCGCCAGCUUUGGCGGCGAUCCGCAGCGAGUCACGAUUUUCGGACAAAGCGCCGGUUCCAUGUGUACCUCAGUGCAUUUCGUCUCACCCCUCUCGUCAGGUCUGUUCUCACAAGCCAUCCUUGAGAGUGGGACCGUUAUAACGGAACAUUCUCUGACAAUCGCAGAAGCCCGGAACCAUUCUUUCGGACUGGGUGCCGCCCUCGGCUACGAAACGGACGAUUCGCAACAGCUGAUCGACUUCCUACAGUCUGUGAGCGCUGAAGACCUCGUGCUGGUAGACGACUCACUCAUCAUGCCACACCAGCCAAUAAUAGGCCUCUUAUGGGGACCAACCAUCGAGCCAGACUUGGAGGGUGCCGUCCUCUCUGAAUCCUACAUUCAGAGGCUUAUCGACGGCCGUUUCAACAACGUGUCUGUCAUGGCGGGCACAGUUUCUGAUGAAUCCGGAGACGAAAUUAUUCGGGAUUCGGAAGCGAUCGCCAGUAUGAACGAAGACUUCGUGGCUGCGAUAGGUCCCUUACUACAUCUGCCUACCGUGGAACAGCAAACAGAGGCCGCUAAAAAAUUGAGGGACUUCUACUUCGGCAACGACACCAUUUCAACAGACAAUCCAGACCCUCUGGUUUACUUCUUCGACGACCUCAAAUGGUUCGACCCUAAUGAUGGCUUCAUUAGAACCGCUGCCGAGCUCUCCAACAUGCCAAUUUAUUCCUUUGUAUUCGACUACAGAGGAGAAAAUAUUCACACAAGUCAGUGGGGAGUUGGACAUGGGGGAGAGUUAUCAAUGAUCUUCUAUCAAAAGAAUCAAGACUAUAACUUUGAUCCUGAAUCAGAAGAAGAGAAAGUGCGCAGAAAUAUGUUGCGUCUCUGGACGAAUUUCGCAAAAUAUGGGAACCCAACCCCUGAGGCUGAUCCUGUGAUUUGGGAACCAUACGACCAGAGCAGCCGCAGCUACCUGCUGAUGCAGGCCAACUUUACACUCGCACACGACAGGCUUGGGGAGCGCCUGGGAUUCUGGAGAGAGAACGUGCCACUGCUGCCAUUUCCCGACACACAGUGAUAGAUACACCAUAAGAGAUAUGCACAGACAAAGGAGGAAACGAAAAACAGCAGAUUACAGCUGAGUACUGAGUGUCAGCAAAGAACUCACCCAAGAAUUUGAGCCAGAUACCUGUUCUGCAUAUCUGCUAAACCAUUGUGAAAUGCAUCACGUAAAAUAGAUCGCCAAUGCGCUUUCAGGCGUCAAUUCAACACAAAUAUCAAGAAAUUUCUGUGGACAUUGGAAGUGCAGCGGAUAAUUACAAACUGCAAUAAUGCAUGGAAUACAAUAAUGUGUACCGUACAACGGUUUUUUUCAGUAAUCCUUUCUUUCAGUACAGAGAAUUUUGAAUACAAAUAUUAUGCACUAA